ACACCAACUUUGAAAAUAAUGAAGCCGUUAGUUCAACCUCCCACGUACCUACGAUCUCCCAGAUGACAGCCGCGAGGCUGUUGAGUAAUUCAACCUGUACCAGCAGGGAAAUUUACACUAUAAUCAAGAAAGCAUUGUUUUCCUCAGCCAACAGGAAAGAUCUCCAGAAACUCCACUCUGUCCUGAUCACUUCUGGUUUACGGAAGUCCCUGAUUUUCUCGGGCAAACUAAUUUCCAAAUAUUCCCAAUUUAAAGAUCCCAAUUCUUGUUUGUUGGUUUUUCGUGAAAAUUCACAGGCAGAUAAUGCAUAUAUAUGGAAUACGAUUAUUAGAGCGAUGACCCAUAAUGGACUUUAUUCAAAAGCAUUAGAAUUUUACGUGGAAAUGAGAAAAUUAGAGGUGAAGCCUGAUCGCUACACAUUUCCUUCAGUUAUCAAUGCUUGUGGGGGUUUGAUGGAUCUUGAGAGAGGAAGAGUGGUUCAUGAGGAUGUUAUGGAAUUGGGUUUUGGAUAUGAUUUGUUUAUUAAUAAUGCCCUGAUAGAUAUGUAUUCAAGGUGUAAUGAAUUGGGGCGUGCUCGAGAAGUGUUUGACGGAAUGCCGCAUAGAGAUAUUGUUUCUUGGAAUAGUUUGAUGUCUGGUUAUACUUCCAAUGGACACUUCAAUGAAGCAUUGGAAAUUUAUUAUCAACUGAGAAUCGAUGGUUUAGUGCCUGAUUGUUUUUCAUUUUCGAGUGUUUUACUAGCUUGUGGUGGAAUUGGGGAGGUUGAAGAGGGUCAGAUAGUUCAUGGUCUUGUGGAGAAGGUUGGGACAUGUACGGAUGUGAAUGUAAGUAAUGGUUUGCUUUCAAUGUAUUUUAAGUUUGAUAUGUUAAUUAAUUGCUGGAGGAUUUUUAAUGAGAUGCUUCGUAGAGAUAGUGUUACUUGGAAUACUAUAGUCUGUGGAUAUUGCGAAUCAGGUUUCUAUGAGGAGUCAAUUGGGUUAUUUUUGGAAAUGGUGGGUAAUUUUAAACCUGAUAUUUUGACAAUCACUGCUGUUCUCCGUGCUUGUACAUACGUUAGGAACUUGAAGUUGGGAAGAUAUGUCCAUGAGUACAUGGUCAGUAAUGGAUAUGAAUGUGACACCGUCGCCAGUAAUAUUAUCAUUAACAUGUAUGCAAAAUGUGGUGAUUUGUUACAUGCAAAUGAAGUGUUUGAGAACAUGGGAAGCCAGGAUUUGGUGUCCUGGAACUCACUUCUUAAUGGUUACAUUGAAAAUAGGUUAUAUCAGGAAGCAACGGAGCUCUUUAGGAGGAUGAAGAAACAUAUUCAACCUGAUUUUGUGACUUAUGUGACAAUUAUUUCUAUUUGUACAGAACUAACAAGCAUAAAUUUCACAGAGGAACUCCACUGUGAUAUAAUAAAACAAGGAUUUGAUUCCACCCAAAUAGUGGUCAAUGCUCUUGUGGAUGCAUAUGCCAAAUGUGGCAAAAUGGAGGAUUCACUAAAACAAUUUGAGAACAUGAAAGUUCGAGAUAUAGUUACAUGGAAUUCAAUAAUUGCUUCUUGUGGUCAUUCUGAGAACACUAAUCUUGGUUUCAGAAUGCUUAGCAGGAUGAGAGUGGAGGGUGUAAUGCCAGAUAUACCUACCUUUUUGAGUGCAUUGCCCUUGUGUUCUUAUCUCAUUGCAAAACGACAAGGAAAGGAGAUGCAUGGCUGCAUUUUUAGAUUGGGUUUUGAGUGCAGUACUCCAAUUGGGAAUGCUUUGAUUGAAAUGUACUCCAAUUCUGGCAAUUUAAGGAAUUCAGUUCUGGUUUUUGAGCAAAUGAAAACAAAAGAUUUAGUUUCAUGGACAGCAAUUAUUUCUGCAUACGGAAUGUAUGGUGAAGGUUGGAAAGCUCUUGAAGCUUUUGAGCAUAUGAAGGAAGCUGGUAUUCUUCCAGAUCACAUUAUCUUUGUUUCUGUCUUAUAUGCAUGUAGCCAUUCGGGUUUAGUACAAGAAGGGAGGGCUUGCUUUGAACAAAUGAAGAAAGACUACAAUAUUGAGCCUAGACUUGAACAUUAUGCUUGUGUAGUUGAUCUUCUGUCACGCUCUGGCCUUUUAGCUGAAGCAGAGGAGUUUAUUAUUUCCAUGCCAUUGAAGCCUGAUGCAAGUGUAUGGGGAGUGCUACUUAGUGCUUGCCGAGCCAGUGGAGACAAGAAGAUCGCAGAACGUGUGUCAGAACACGUUCUUCAAUUGAAUCCAAAUGAUCCUGGGUAUCAUGUUUUGGCCUCAAAUGUGUAUGCUGCCUUGGGAAAGUGGGAUAAAGUGAGAGAGAUAAGAACUUCUUUAAAAGCUAAAGGACUAAAAAAAGACCCUGGAUGUAGUUGGCUUGAGAUUCAAAAUAAGGUAUACUAUUUUGGAGCUGGUGAUCGAUUCUUUAAACAACACAAAGAAGUCGUUGAGUUAUUGGAUGUCCUCUCUAGUUUGAUGGCUAAGGAAGGAUAUGCUGCUGAUGUCAAAUUUGUGUUGCAUGAUGUUGAGGAGGAUGAGAAGUUGGGCAUGCUUUGUGGACAUAGUGAAAGACUUGCCAUAGCAUUUGGUUUAAUACAUACGAAACCAGGUGCUCAAUUGCUGGUUAUGAAGAAUCUUCGGGUUUGUGGGGAUUGCCACACUGUCACAAAGUACAUAUCAAAAAUCAUGCAUCGGGAAAUAUUAGUCAGAGAUGCCAAUCGCUUUCAUCUAUUCAAAGAUGGAACCUGUAGCUGUAACGAUCAUUGGUGAUAACAUCCUUGCCACAUAUGAGUUUUUGACUGGAGGAGUCUUCGUAGUUGAAAUCUGAAUAUUUAUUUAGUUGGCAUGUGGAUCCCUGGAUCCCUACCAAUCACAUGAAAUGACGAGGACGGAGAAAUGAUGCCAGAAGGUUCGAUCACCAACAUGCUUUUGAGAAUCUCGAGAUAUAUUUGGCAUACCAAUCAUAUGGCGUGACUGGUACGAUCAUGCAAAGGUCCUUAGUUCAAGUCUUAGAGCCGCACAUGUAAAAAAUCCCUGUGCUUGACCCUAGAAUGGAAUUUGUCCUGGCUGUUAGAGGUCACCAUACUGAAGGUAUUAAACAUAAAUUUUCCUCACCACUAAUAUCAUACUGUAGUCCCUGUACUGUGUAUUAUGAAAACAAAUUUAAAAAUUACAUGGUUAGAUUCAAAACUUUUUUGCCUUUGCGGUUGUGGUAGUUGUGGUUAAAAAUAUAAAAGACAUACCAUGAGAAACCUGUAGUAACUCUCACAAAUUCACUUAGAUAAACAAGUUUCACCGUGAAACUUAUUUUUCCAACUUUACCACUGACAUUAACACCAGAACUAGUGAAUAGAUGUUCAAACAACCAAAUCUGAGAUGAAAUGAAAUAGCUUGAUCAUCUCAUGAGCUACUUCAUCUAUAAGUGCUACUUAUCAAGAUUGUCCUUUGAGGUU